AUGACACAACAAUCGAAGGUUGCCGGCAUUCGUGCCAACAGAGCGUUUAUGGGCAACGUUCCAAAGGACGUGUGGACAUUGACCAACGAAGCUGCGCAUGUGGCUUCAGAAAAUGAGAAGAACCGUGGUAGAGCGAUCUUGAAUCUUGGUCAAGGUUUUUUCUCAUACUCGCCUCCAAAGUUUGCCAUUGAUCAAGUCGUGGAAGCUCUUAAGGUUCCAUUGAACAAUCAAUACUCACCAACUCGUGGUAGACCAGCUCUCUUGACAGCUUUAUCAAACUUUUACUCGCCAAUUUACGGGGAACCCCUUAAUGCGAACAAUGUUACCAUCACCACUGGUGCAAACGAGGGUAUUCUUUCGUGCCUUGUUGGUUUGCUAAAUCCCGGCGAUGAAGUGAUUGUGUUUGAGCCCUUCUUCGAUCAGUAUAUCUCUAAUAUCGAAAUUCCUGGUGGAAAAGUCCGUUACGUUCCAUUGGUAGCCCCUAAGGAAUUGAGCGAGAGAGUCACCACCGGUGAUGAUUGGAAGAUAGACUGGGAUAUUUUGAACAACACCAUUAACGAAAAGACAAAAGCAGUGAUCCUAAACACGCCUCAUAAUCCUAUUGGUAAGGUCUUCACCCGUGAAGAACUUACACAACUAGGAGAGAUUUGUGUUAAAAACAAUAUUUACAUAAUUAGUGAUGAGGUUUACGAGCACUUGUAUUUCGGCAAGGAAUUUGUACGUAUUGCAACUCUCUCUAAGGAGAUUGGAGAUCUGACUUUGACAGUUGGUAGUGCCGGGAAAAGUUUUGCGGCCACGGGUUGGAGAAUUGGCUGGGUAGUGUCAAGAAAUGCAGAACUAUUAAGCUACGCCUCCAAGGCACACACCAGAAUAUGCUUCAGUUCUCCAUCGCCGUUCCAAGAGGCAUGCGCACAUUCCAUUGAAAUUGGAUUGAAAAAUGGAUAUUUCAAGGCUAUGCGAGAGGAGUACAAAGAGAAGUUUGCUAUUUUAACUAGCGUUUUUGACGAAUUAGGCUUACCUUACACCAAACCAGACGGUACAUACUUUGUUUGCGUCGACUUCAGUAAGGUUAAGAUUCCCGCGGACUAUCCAUUCCCACAAGAAUUGAACAAUAGAGCUAAGGACUUUAGACUUUCGUACUGGUUAGUGAAUGAAUUAGGUGUCGUAGCAAUUCCUCCAACUGAAUUUUAUAUCAAGGAGCAUGAGAAAGCCGCUGAAAAUUUACUCAGAUUUGCUGUCUGUAAAGAUAACGACUACUUGAGAAAAUCUGUAGAAAGAUUAAGACUACUCAAGGAUUAUCUAUAA